UGCCACCUUUUUCGUCUCAAAUCCUCAUCUCCGGGCCUCCGGCGAUCUAGGGUUAGGGUUCCGUUCUCCUUCUCGUUCUCUCUUUCAAAUGCUCUUGCCGCUGGGCCGCGCGAAGAAUGCAGCGAGAAUCGGCGUACCUCACCGCGCUCACACAGGAGAUCGAGAGGAAGCUGCAAAAGGCGUUGAACUCGCAAUCGCAGCGGCUUGAAUUGCUGCAGCAAUUGUUUGCUGAUAUAGCCUUAGAGAUUGAUGAUAGAGCUCGAGAUAUAAUCCUCAGAAGAGAUGAAGAUAAAAUUGUUUCAGCUGAUGAUGAAUUUGAAAGCCAACUUUGUUUUUAUGAUGUCCUUGCUGAUCAUUUUGUUCGUGUACCUGAAAGUGGAAAAUGCAUUCUUGACCUGAUUGUCCAACUAUGGAGCCAGUCUUUUGCGUCGAAUAUAUUUGCACUCCUUUUCCAUAAAUGGUUAUUUGAAGUUCCAAUUGAUAAUCCUGAAGCCCUACUACGAUACGGUUCUGCUCUUGUUCAAGGUUCUUCCAAUGUUUUCUGGAUUGACAUUCAAACAAAUACAAGGCGCUUUUUGUCUUUGUUUCGUUAUCUCCUUGAGGAAGUUGCCCUGGUCCCAAGCCACCUCCAGAAAAUUUCUUUGCAGGCUCAUAGGGACCUUUUUCUUCUCCUUUCCAGGUUCAUCAUAUUUUACAAUUUAGAUUAUAUGCUCGAAAGUUUCUUGAAGCAAUUUCCGGACUUUCCAAACUCUUUCUUACUUGGUGGUCCAGCUGACAUAUUUGUUAUUGAACUCGCAGAUCAGCUUCAAAAGUUAAAAGUAGAGCCAGUUCUAUUACAUUACUUAACACACAUGAGAGCUCUCCAAGGAUGGGAACUUAGGAUGACUACAAGCACAAGAUUGAAGGCAUGCCUGUACAGCUUUACAUCUCCUGGGGGUCCUAUGUAUCCAACAAGAGCUGUUCGUCAUGCGGCCUGGGAUACAUUAGAUUUACUCUUCCCCAUCGGUCGUCAUCCGAGGCAUGUAAUAAGCUUGUUUUUCCGACUGCUUUAUCCUUGGUACUGGCCUUCAUCUUGUUGGAACUUCAUCAUCACUUGCAUUAGGGCUGUCUUCUAUUCCAUUCUGCAAUUAAUUUUCUCCAGUUGGGAUACCAUGAGACGCAAGAAGAUGUAAAUCUCAACAUAGACCUUUUUUUUUUUUUUGUGUAAAAAAGAAAAAAGAUAUACUCAAACCAUCUCUUACAGUUUCCUUGUUGUAUUAUGGUGAUAUUGUUUUAGUGGUGUUGUUGUAUGUCAUUUUUACUAAUUAUUAUUUU